AUGGCACCUCCCAAUCCGCUUUGGUUACUCCUCGAUCUUUUGAAGGACCCUGACACAAACAACAAAAUUGUCUUGCAAAUGGCUUGGUCUCAAGUCAAGGCUAUUGGAUACGGAAAAGUAUUGGCAGCUUUAUUAAGUGCAUCGACUGUUGGUGUGUCAUCAUUUAUCAGAAUUCCACAAAUUCGUAAGUUGUUGAUCAAGACAGAAGCUGAUCGUGUUCGUGUUGCUAAAGGUUUGUCCUUGCAAAGUUUGACCAUUGACACUUUGAACAGUUUGGUUCAUGUUUCAUUCAAUUCGCACAACGGUAUUCCCUUCAUCAAUUAUGGUGAGAGCUUGCUUUUGGGUAUACAAAAUGCCAUCAUUAUCUUGUUGACCAAGUAUUACAGAUUGAGAGCCAAUGAUGAGAUUGAUAACGUGUCCAAGUUACCAUUAUCCGAGGCUAUUAAGGAAUUAACCGAUGGCUUGGCCCAGCCACUCUUGAUUAUGGCUGGUUCUGUGAUCUUUUUCACCAAAAUUGCUCCAUCCAGCCUCAUUUCUGCGUUAGAAAUCUUGAACAUUCCAAUCUCAAUCAUCUCCAAGAUUCCUCAAAUCAAAACCAAUCACAGAUUACAAACUGUUAGCCACUUGAGCGAUGUUGUUUUAAGAGCCAAUGUACUUGGCUCUAUCAUUAGAGUGUAUACUUCAUACACUGACUACUCAUCUAAGGCUAAGAGAAACAAAAACACUGUGGAUGAAAAGAUUUUGGUUGCAGGUUAUACUACGUCUUUGAUUAUGAACUCCAUCUUGUUGGGACAAUCUAUCGUUUAUGAUAAAUUGGGUAGAGGUAGACGUGUUAAGGAUGACGAAGUCAAGAAAGAGUAG